CAAUUUUAUUUAUUUAUAUAGCGGCACAAAUUUACAAACACCACAACAAGAGAAACAUCAAUGGGAGACAAAGGCGGAGGAGCCGGGACCGAGUCAGGACCAGAUUGGUCCGAGUUAACUCACGAGUGCCUGGUCAACAUAUUCUCUCGACUCAGUUUCGAUGAGAGAUGGCGAGGCGCUAUGCUGGUUUGCAAAUCAUGGCUGUAUGCUAACAAGGAGCCGUGUCUUAACUCGGUGUUUGAUUUGCAAUCUCAUUUCGACUCGGUGACCGAGUCACCUCGGUGGUGGGACCCUGGGUUUGAAUAUAAAAUAGAUAACAUGCUGAGAUCGGUUGUGGUUUGGGCCGAUGGGUCGCUUACUCAUAUUCGGGUCAGCCACUGUUCCGACAGGGCUCUCACUUUGGUGGCCCAAAGGUGCCCAAACCUUCAAGUUCUUGCCAUCAAGAGUUGCCCCAAUGUUACUGAUGAAUCCAUGUCUAAGAUAGCUUCAGGAUGUCCUAAUCUCAGGGAACUUGACAUUAGCUUUUGCUAUGAAGUAUCUUAUAGGACUCUUGAAUUGAUCGGAAAGAACUGCCUUAACCUCAGAAUCUUGAAAAGGAAUCUGAUGAAUUGGCUGGAUCCCUCCCAACAUGCUGGAAUUGUACCUAAUGAGUAUCUUAAUGCCUGCCCUCAAGAUGGGGAUACAGAAGCUGCUGCAAUCGCAAAAUAUAUGCCUCAUCUAUUACACCUUGAAAUUCGUUUCUCCAAAUUAUCUGCUAGAGGGCUUUUAUUGAUCUCUCAAGGGUGCUCAAAUCUUGAGUUCCUGGAUCUGUCUGGAUGUGCAAAUGUGACUAGUCGAGAUAUUGCGAAUUCAUCCUCGAAGUUGAAAAAUCUGAAAGAUAUCAAGAAACCUAACUUUUACAUCCCCAGAUCAGUUUUUCAACCGGACAGGUAUGGCCACUGGAGUUUGUAUGAUGAGCGGUUUCAAACUGAUGUAUUCCGAAUAUGACCAAGAGAUUGAAGAAGUCAGAAUACUUCAACUUGCAAAUAAAUAACCUACUAAGUUACAAACUUGGGUUGUUGAAUGCUUUCUACCUUCCAUAAUCUGUAAAGCUGCUUCUUUAAUGUUUCCUUGUCUUUUGCAUUAUUUUCUUUUGUAUAGCUACCUGUGUUCAAGAAGUUGUUGCUGUAUGCUACACUGCUGACAUUCUGUAAAAAUGUGUUUACCUUUUUCUU